AUUUUGUUUGUCCAAAUGAUGGCACAUCUGCUACUUACAUCGGUCGUUGUUAAUACCAUAAGUUUAUGAGGCAYUUUGCAUUACACUCAAUGGUUAAAGACUUUUUGUGAGWGGAAUUCAUCCACAGACUGGAAAGCGUAAAACUCCCUUAAAGUGCGUGUAGUGACCAUUGAAUCAUAGUGAAUUAAAUUGAUGGCACCAAACACUCAAAGUCGAGCGAGGCUAGCCAUUGAAUUAAGAUGAUAAAGGAGGAAGAGGAGUGUCUUCUUCCGCGAACACCACAACAGAUGUGUAAUAAUGAAAGUAGGUAAACAUAGUAAACUGGAACUUAAAUGUCCAUUUUCAUUUAUGCUAAGGUGAUGCAACCAAUUGUUCUAUCCUGCACGCUGAAGGAAUCAAACUUUAUUUAUCGGUGGUUUAAUUGAAAAUGAGAACGUCGUUGGACAUCAAUGUCAAUGGACUUCUGCUGCUCUUAUGUGGAGUUAACCUGGCCGGAACACUWGGGUACAAACCUGUCAUCAUUGUUCACGGCCUCUUUGACGGUCCUAAACAAUUCCUUAUGAUGAGUCGUUUGAUACAAGAGGCCCAUCCAGGUACCAACGUGUCAGUGAUAGAUCUGUAUGAUAACAUGGCCAGCCUGAAGCCACUGUGGGUGCAGGUGCAGGGCUUCAAAAAGUUGCUCUAUCCAAUCAUGCAGGAGGCAGAGAAUGGCAUCCAUCUUAUCUGCUUCUCACAAGGUGGUCUGAUAUGUCGAGGACUUCUUUCUACACUUCCUGACCAUAAUGUCCAGUCCUUCAUCUCCCUCUCAUCACCACAGGCUGGCCAGUAUGGAGACACAGACAUUCUGAAAAUGGUUUUUCCUCACUAUCUAAAGGCCCGUGUUUUUCACGUGUGUUACUCUUCAGUAGGACAGAAAUGGUCCAUCUGCAACUUCUGGAAUGACCCACACCAAAGAGAACGCUUCCUGNGCCACUACGAGACUCAUCACAUUUGA